AGGGGGGUUGGGCUGCCACCGGAAUCUCGGCGAGUCGCGGUCGCCGCUGCAUCCUUAACCUUCCGCCAUGGCCGCCUACAAGCUGGUGCUGAUCCGGCACGGGGAGAGCGCCUGGAACCUGGAGAACCGCUUCAGCGGCUGGUACGAUGCCGACCUGAGCCCCGCGGGCCACGAGGAGGCGAAGCGCGGCGGGCAGGCGCUGCGAGAUGCUGGCUAUGAAUUUGACAUCUGCUUUACCUCAGUGCAGAAAAGAGCAAUCCGAACCCUUUGGACAGUGUUGGAUGCCAUUGACCAGAUGUGGCUGCCAGUAGUGAGGACUUGGCGCCUCAAUGAGCGGCAUUAUGGGGGUUUGACUGGUCUCAAUAAAGCAGAAACUGCUGCCAAGCAUGGUGAGGCCCAGGUAAAAAUCUGGAGGCGCUCCUAUGAUGUCCCCCCACCGCCGAUGGAGCCCGACCAUCCCUUCUACAGCAAUAUCAGUAAGGAUCGCAGGUAUGCAGACCUUACUGAGGACCAGCUACCCUCCUGCGAGAGUCUGAAGGACACGAUUGCCAGAGCACUGCCUUUCUGGAAUGAAGAAAUUGUCCCCCAGAUCAAGGAAGGGAAAAGAGUCCUGAUCGCAGCCCAUGGCAACAGCCUUCGGGGCAUUGUCAAGCAUCUGGAGGGUCUCUCUGAAGAGGCCAUCAUGGAGCUGAACCUGCCAACUGGGAUUCCCAUUGUCUAUGAACUGGACAAGAACUUGAAGCCCAUCAAGCCCAUGCAGUUCCUAGGGGAUGAAGAGACCGUGCGUAAAGCCAUGGAAGCCGUGGCUGCCCAGGGCAAGGCCAAGAAGUGAAGGCCAGCUGGCCGACUAUGACCCCAAGGAACACCCCCCCACACACACCCCCUGUCCCCAUGCCCUGUGCGCCUCUCCCUAACACCUGUCACACUGACUACAUCUUUAGGAUCUUAAGUUGUAGCUGCAGAUGGGGACCGGUGACUUCCGUUUCCAUCUUAGUACUUUGUCUCCUGCACCCACUCCCUUCAUAGAAUCUAGUCAGAAUAGCACCUCUGGGGUGCGGGUCCUUGGUCCAAGCCCAGGCAAUGCUCCUCUUACCCAGGAGAGUUGAGGGAGUGGUUCUAGUUCUUCUAGUGCUUUGUUUACUAAGGACCUGCCUGGGAAAUUGGUCGGGGAGGAGCCAUGCUGAGGCACGACCAACGAGAAGCCACAAUCCAUUUUUGUUCUAGAGCCUGUUCUGCAUUCCUCUACAGUAAGGUCUGGGGGCUCUAGUCAUUCCAGUGGAAUAUGAAUGUAGCCUGCAUGGUGAUUUUGAGAAAACAACUAUUUCCUUCCUGACCCCAGAACAUUGGGAUCAGUCUUGAACUGAGUUCAUUACUUUAGUUUAAGAAAAUAUAUACAUAUACACACACAUCUAUAAAUAAUGCCACACAAAAACCCUUCUGGGGUGUCUAGUGGUGGUUGAAAUAGUCCCAUGUGGUAAUGAAAAUAAGCCAUUCCUCAUACCAAAAUGGAUUAAGCUCUGUGGCCUUGAAGAGGCGGGGCAGGAGGCACUCCUGCCGUGUGUCUUAGCAGCCCUCCUCCGCCUUGCUUGUGGCAGUGAGAUGAAACGCCCCUUGAUCAUGUCUAAGUGUAUUUCACCAUGUCUCAUUUCUGAAUCAUGUUCCAGUUACUUGGUCCUGCCACAUGGGCUCAGUUCUCAUUUUGGGCAUAACUACUAAAUCUUUUCCAGAUCAGUAUAAUAAAGGAGUGAUGUGCAAUA